AUGAACCAGGAGGAAGGAAACACUCCAAAAGAAGAGAGCCCUAGGCAGAGUCAUAAGGCAGAGGUGAGGAGGUCAUCUCCAGGACUGACGGCAGCUGCCUUAGAACAGAGCCAGGAGCUGGCAAAGUUGGGACCACUAGUUAUUUGGAAAUUGCUCAUUCUGCAAAGAACAGCUGGGUCAGCGGAGCUGGAGCCAGUUUGA